AAAAAUUGAAUAAUAUCCAGUUCAAGGCAUGUACGUAAUCAAUUGUUUAAAAAUAAUAUAGUCACAUUGUGAUGCGUGCUUUUAUAAGAACAACGUGAGCAAAUAUUAGUUAAUAAAAAUAAAGUUGUAUAGAUGAAAUGUACCACUACUUCGUCUGCGGUCUACAGCAUAAUAAAGGGAAUGAAUUGUUGGAGAGCGAUUUUAAUUGCAAUUCUACUGGUUGGAGUGAAUCAAGUUUUAGUUCAAUGUUCUACAGUAAAUGAAAUAAUUCUCAAACCAAGUUCAAAUGGAUUGGCCAUUGAAGUAAAUCAGAAAGAAGAAAAAAAACUGAAAGGAACAAUCGGAGUUGGCAUAGACUUCACCAAUAUUAAUUGUUACGGACAAGAAUCCUGUCAAGUUGGAGAUGCUGAUUUUUCAGUAAAACAAUCUGAAGACGGAUUUCACAUCAAAUGGGAAACAAAUAAUUUGACGAGUGUUUUUCAAGACUGCUUCGAUUUUGAAGAGGGUGUCCACUGGUAUGGAGGCCCGGAGAGAAAGAAACAAAGCUGGCCCAUAGAGAAAUUGGAAAUUGAAAGUUAUCAGGCGUAUGUACUACAUCAGUUGGAUAAUUUUGCUGUAGCUGAACGUUACUGGUUGAACUCAAAAGGAUUGUAUAUCUAUUUAAAUUCUAAAGUACCUUUGUAUGUUGACCAAAAUAUUUCGAAUAAAAAUAGAGUUUGCUUCAUAGCCAAAUUAGAAGGCCCUUAUAUUAAUAGACAUAAGAAUUUUUUGGAAUAUGAUAUUGUAAUAAAAGAUGAUCCAAGAGAAGCGCACGUACACGCUGUCAAGACGUUUUUGGGAAAACCAUCAGGAUAUCCAGAUGAGCGAAUGAUAACUGAACCCAUCUGGACAACAUGGGCAAAAUACAAAACGAAAAUCAGCGACGAAAUCGUACUUGACUUUGCGAAAGAUAUUAGAGAUAACGGGUAUGAAAAGGGACAAAUAGAAAUUGAUGAUUAUUGGGAGAAAUGCUACGGAGCUCAAGAAUUUACACCAACAACUUUUCCAGACAUAACCAAUACUAUAAAAACUCUAAAAAGUUGGAGCUAUAGGGUCACUUUAUGGAUACAUCCCUUCGUGAAUAGUGACUGUCAAGACAAUUCCAAGAUUGGUUUAGAAAAAGGAUAUUUCGUCCUAGAUCAAAAUGGCAGAGCAAAUGGCAGUUGGUGGAACGGUAAUGACUCAUACCAAAUUGAUUUUACUAAUUCAGAAGCAGCGGAAUGGUGGUCUGCUAGGCUAAAGAAACUUCAACAGAAUCCUGGGAUAGACAGUUUUAAAUUUGAUGCAGGAGAAACUGAUUACAGUCCCCAACCUUCAGUUUACCAUGGUGUGAACCAAGAAGAUGUCCCCAACAUUCUAAGCGAAAGCUAUGUGAGAACCUGUGCUAAAUUUGGCCCUCUUGUAGAAGUUAGAUCGGGUUCCAGAACACAAGACCUGCCAAUAUUCAUUCGAAUGAUCGAUAAAGACUCGAAUUGGGGAGACAGCAACGGAUUGUACACUUUAAUUACUACUCUUUUACAAAUGAAUAUAAAUGGAUACACUUUAGUUUUACCUGAUAUGAUUGGUGGAAAUGGUUACGCUGGAAAAUUGCCCGAUGCUGAACUUCUAGUGCGAUGGACACAGGCUAACACUUUUAUGCCCGCAAUGCAAUUUAGUUAUUUGCCAUGGGAAAUAACAUCAACAAAGUUUAACGUUGCCAAAAUUGUAAAGAAGUUUGUGGACCUUCACGAAAAAUAUGCUGAUCACAUUAUUAGAGCCAUGAAAAACAGCGUUGAGAAGGGUUCACCGGUCAAUCCUCCAAUUUGGUGGAUUGCGCCUAAAGACGUACAAGCCUUGGGAUGUGAUGAUGAGUACUUGGUUGGAGAAGAAAUCCUAGUGGCACCAGUAAUAAAAGAAGGAGCAACUAGCAGGGACGUAUAUUUGCCAGCAGGAAAAUGGGUAGAUGGAAAUAAUGGUGAUAUCUACCAAGGGCCCGUAACAGUUGAUUAUGAUGCUGGAAUAGACAUAUUGCCUUUUUUUAUCCUUAGUCAAUAGGACACAAAAAUAAAUUUAUAUAAAGCCAAUGAAUAAAUGUAUUUUUGAUAUUAUUGUAAUAAUUUAAAAUUGAAAAUAAUAAAUAACCCCAUAAAAUAAG